AAAAAUGAACACAUUCAUCACAUUUCUUGCCCUCGCCCUGCUCUCAGUCAGCGUCCAUGGCUCAUUUGGCGGCUACGGCUUGGGAGGCUUCGGGGGUCUCGGAGGUCUCGGGGGUCUCGGAGGCCUCGGGGGUCUCGGAGGUAUUGGGGGUCUUGGCGGUCUUGGCGGUCUAGGCUAUGGAGGUCUUGGGGGUCUCGGAGGUUUCGGAGGAGGCAUCGGACUUGGUGGAGGCAUCGGUGGAGGCAUUGGAAUCGGUGGAGGCAUCGGUGGAGGCAUCGGUGGAGGUAUCGGAAUCGGUGGAGGCAUCGGAAUCGGUGGAGGCCUUGGUCUCGGAGGUGGUCUCGGGUAUGGCGGCCUUGGCAGAUUCGGAUACGGGGGUCUCGGAUACGGUAA